CACAAGCACUCAGUAGCACCACUUCAGAGGCAUCAUGAAGCUCACAAUCCUGGUCGGUACCUUUGCGCUGCUCUUUGUGUCAGUGUUAUCACAGGCUGAAGAAAGACCACCACAGCCAAGAGAGCCCUGGUGUGAGAAGUAUGAAGAUGGCAUGUGUUCCCGCCAGUAUGAUCCUGUAUGUGGGGAUGAUGGCGUUACUUACUCCACAGAGUGUGUACUCUGUCAGCAGAACAAGAGCAGAGACACCAAGGUCCUCGUCAAGCACAGUGGGGAGUGUGAGGCUAUGUAAGCCAGCCCAUCCUGCACCCC